AUGGCCAAGCAUUCCUUCCACAUCGGCGACUUUGUCGUGUUUGGAUUAACUAUUGUCGUGUCCAUCGGUAUCGGCAUCUUCCACGCUUUCUCUGGGGGCAGACAGAGGACUACGGCAGAGUACCUGGUGGGAGGGCGAGCCAUGAGGUUCCUCCCUGUGGCCAUCUCUCUACUGGUCAGUUUCGAGUCGUCCAUCAUGAUGCUGGGACUGCCGGCCGAGGGAUAUGUCUACGGCAUACAGUUCGUCUUGAGCAGCGCGGGCUUGUUCAUCUCCCAGGUCUUGUCCGUGUUCAUUAUGGUGCCGCUGUUGCACCCACUCAGGAUCACCAGUGCUUAUGAGGUGUGGUACAUGGGCAUCGUCCUGUUUGGACCUGCGGUUGCUCUCCAGGCAGGUAUGAUCUCUCCUGUACCAGUGGUGCUGUUGAUCGUGGCCCCGACGUUUUUCUUCACUCUGUCCAUCGCCGUGUACGAGGGUAUCGUGGCCUUCUCCUACUACCAGACCAAGAAAUGUGACCCUUUCGAGUCCAAGCAGAUCUCAGAUCCCAACCAGGUUCCCACUUUGUCCUCCGGACUCAGCAGUCUCUCCGCCCUACUGUGGGCCGACAUCGUGCAUCCGCUGGUGGGAGACAUCUCAGAGGUCAAGGCCACCAUCAUUGCCAAGGUCUCAGUUGUAUGUGUGUGCGCAACUAUCAGUAUCGCUGGCGGGUUGUUGGCAGCCUUUGCCGGGCCUCUUACGGGAGUCUUCUUUUUAGGCUGCUUCUUUCCCCGCGCUAACGCCAAGGGAACGUUUGUCGGGGGCCUCAUGAGUUUUGCGCUUUCCAGCUGGAUCUCCAUGGGCCAAAGUUUCUCCAAAAAGAAAAAGGUCACACCCUGGUUACCUCCCGCUUCCACCGACUUCUGCCCUGUAGAGGGCGCUGUGUCCAACAUGACCACAACAUGGCUGACCAGUAACAUGACCUCCCAGGCUACCGUCUACGGCGCCAGCUCUCUGGCCUGGAAAAAGUUUGCCGACCCAGCCAAGAAAGAGAAUAUCCUGGACUUGGAGAUGACCAUCAACGGAGUCCUGGGUCAGGACGAUGAAGAAGUGCAAGCCCUAGACUCGAACAUCGAAGGAGAUAACUCGAACGGAAAACUGACUAGUGCGGAAGAAGCAGACGAUACCAAUGGAAAGUUACAAGAAGUGAAACAGGAGUGA